AUGUCGGCAAUCCGUAGUUCCGCUGAGGACUUAUCCAACACUCUUGAGCAGCUGGCUAUCAAACACUCGAAGACCUCUGAAGACAGACCGGCGAGCGGUGAUGUUGGUAACAGUCUCAUAGAAACUGCGGAAACAAUCCUUGGAGAGGAUCGUCCAGGCGCAGAACUAAGUCAAGUUGAAGCGCGCCUGGUAACGUUAGAGCUCAACAAACAGCGCAUGCAGAAGAAUGCAGAUACCCUUCUGAAUUCCGACAGACAGCAAAGCCUGCAGGUUACAGCAAGCCUUCUCUUCGACGAUCCAGAACAGUCUACUAUCAAUAAUAAUGUGGACUUACUACUCGAUGAAGACCUCGAAGCCUUGGAUGGGGCAACAGAAGCCUGGUGGACAAGUGGAGCUCACGUCAUUCCUCAAUACUUGAUUGAAGAAGUCGACGAGAGCAUCAAAGCCUUGAUGCCAGAUGGCACCGAGAUCGUCUCGAUCGGCCGACAUGGGAACAGCACAUGGUCACGUACCGCGGAAAUAAAGACCGAGCUACACGGUGAGCCUGUAUCUUACUUCGUGAAGGUCACGGACUACCGAUCUGGUGAGAUCAUGUACCGGAGCGAGUUUGAAUCUCUCAAGGCGAUCCACGCAGCGGUGCCCGGUUUCUGCCCCCGACCUAUUGGAUGGGGUUGCUACGCCUCGGAUCCCAAUGUGCACCUCCUUCUCACUGCAUUUGUUAAGAUGUUAAACAAACCUGCCCACCCAGUCCUUCUUCCUCGGAGGCUGGCAGAGUUGCACCAGAAAGCUACAGCACCGGGAAGUACGGGUGGCACGUACCUAUGGCUGGUGGUCGGCUGCCUGUUAGGCUCAAGAAGAGUGCCUCCUGGGAAGACUUUUUCACCCGAUACAUUCGCUUUCUUUUCCGGGCCGAAGAGGUAG